UUAAGUAGGGUCGCGGCGCAGACCCCGUGCUAAUUUCACGCCAUGUGGCGCUGCGGAGGUCACGCGCGGGGUGCCCUGAGGAGGCUGAACGGCUGCAGUACCAUCCUCAAAUCCUGGAGGUGGGGGAGCAGCAACACGGCCUGUGGGAAGGCACUGAAAUACGAAGUCGGAGAAAAGAUCCAUGGAUUCACUGUGAGCCAGGUAACAUCUAUCCCUGAACUGUUCUUAACAGCUGUGAAGCUCGACCAUGACAACACGGGGGCCAGAUACUUACACCUGGCCAGAGAGGAUUCAAACAACUUAUUCAGCGUGCAAUUCCGCACCACACCCAUGGACAGCACUGGCGUACCGCAUGUACUGGAGCACACGGUCCUGUGCGGCUCUCAGAAAUACCCAUGUAGAGAUCCUUUCUUCAAAAUGUUAAAUAGGUCCUUGUCCACGUUCAUGAAUGCCUUCACAGCUAGUGAUUAUACCCUGUACCCAUUUUCCACACAAAAUCCCAAGGACUUCCAGAACCUGCUCUCUGUGUACUUGGAUGCAACCUUUUUUCCUUGCUUGCGGGAACUCGACUUCUGGCAGGAAGGAUGGCGUCUAGAGCAUGAGAACCCCAGUGACCCCCAAACGCCCUUGAUCUUCAAAGGUGUCGUCUUUAAUGAAAUGAAGGGAGCAUUUACAGAUAAUGAGAGGAUAUUCUCACAACACCUUCAAAACCGACUUCUUCCUGACCACACGUACUCAGUGAUCUCUGGGGGUGAUCCUCUGUGCAUCCCCGACCUCACGUGGGAGCAACUUAAACAGUUUCAUGCUACGCAUUAUCACCCUAGUAACGCCAGGUUCUUCACUUAUGGAAAUUUUCCAUUAGAACAGCAUCUGAAACAAAUUCAUGAAGAAGCUUUGAGUAAAUUUCAGAGAAUUGAGCCCAAAACUGCAGUGCCAGCUCAGAAGCCCUGGGAUAAGCCUAGGGAGUUCCAGAUCACAUGUGGCCCAGACUCACUGGCUGCAGAUUCCACUAAACAGACAACUGUCAGUGUCAGUUUCCUCCUACCUGACAUCACCGAUACAUUUGAAGCCUUCACAUUAAAUCUUUUGUCUUCGCUCUUGAUUGGUGGACCCAACUCUCCCUUCUACAAAGCUUUAAUUGAGUCUGGACUUGGCACAGACUUUUCUCCUGAUGUUGGAUACAAUGGCCACACCAGGGAGGCCUUCUUCAGCGUGGGCCUGCAGGGAAUUUCGGAGAAAGACAUCGGGGCAGUUCAAGACAUCAUUGACCGGACAAUUGAUGAAGUCGCUGAAAAAGGCUUUGAGGAUGAUCGCAUUGAAGCCUUACUUCAUAAAAUUGAAAUACAGAUGAAGCAUCAGUCUGUCAGCUUUGGGCUCGCCCUGACCUCGUACAUAGCUUCCUGCUGGAAUCAUGAUGGGGACCCUGUGGAACUCCUGAAGCUGGGAGGCCAAGUGACUCAAUUCAGGAAGUGCCUUGAGGAAAACCCCAAAUUUUUGCAAGAGAAAGUAAAACAGUAUUUUAAGAAUAAUCACCAUAAGUUAACUUUAUCAAUGAAACCAGAUGACAAGUACUCUGAGAAGCAAACACAACUGGAGACUGAAAAACUAAAGGAAAAAGUCAGUUCCCUUUCCCCGAAAGACAAGCAGCAGAUCUAUGAAAAAGGUUUAAAAUUACAGACUGAGCAGAGUAAACCUCAAGAUGCCUCUUGUCUGCCAGCGUUGAAGGUAUCAGACAUCUCGCCCACCCUCACGUUCACAGACUUGCAGGUGUCCUUGGCAGCUGGAGACACCCCCGUGCAGUACUGUGCCCAGCCCACCAACGGCAUGGUGUACUUCCGUGCCUUCUCCAGCCUCAACUCCCUCCCUGAGGAGCUCAGGCCCUACGUGCCUCUCUUCUGUAGCGUCCUCACCAAGCUGGGCUGCGGCAUUCUCAACUAUAGGGAACAAGCGCAGCAGAUCGAGCUGAAGACGGGAGGCAUGACGGUCUCCCCCCUGGUGCUCCCAGAUGACUCACACCUGGACUCCUAUGAGCAGGGUGUACUUUUUUCAUCUUUCUGCCUCGAUAGAAACCUGCCAGACAUGAUGCAUCUGUGGAGCGAAAUAUUUAACAACCCAUGCUUUGAAGAAGAAGAACACUUCAGAGUGUUGGUGAAGAUGGCUGCUCAAGAGCUCUCCAAUGGGAUCCCAGACUCUGGGCAUCUCUACGCAUCCAUCAGAGCGGGCAGAACCCUGACACCUGCUGGAGACUUAAAGGAAACCUUUGGUGGGAUGGAUCAGGUGAGGUUGAUGAAGAGAAUUGCAGAAAUGACGGACAUCAAACCCAUCCUGAGAAAGCUCCCGCGCAUCAAGAAACAUUUAUUAAACUGUGAUAACAUGAGAUGUUCAGUGAAUGCCACCCCUCAGCAACUGCCUCAGACAGAGAAAGCUGUAGAAAACUUUGUCAGAAGCAUUGGUCGGAGUAAAAAGGAACGGAAGCCCGUGCGCCCACAUGUGGUAGAGAAACCUUCACCCAGUCAGUCCAGUGAAAGCACACACAUCAGUGGCUCACAAAUCAUAAGGAAGCUGAUCACGGACCCAGCUUUCAAACCUUGCCAAAUGAAGACGCAUUUCCUGCUUCCCUUCCCAGUGAACUAUGUUGGCGAAUGUGUUCGGACUGCCCCUUACACAGACCCGGACCACGCCAGCCUUAAGAUCCUUGCACGUUUGAUGACCACCAAGUUCUUGCAUACGGAAAUUCGAGAAAAAGGCGGUGCUUACGGUGGAGGUGCUAAACUCGGUCAUAAUGGAAUAUUCACUUUUUAUUCAUAUAGGGAUCCACAUUCAGUAGAAACACUUCAAUACUUUGCAAAGGCUGUGGACUGGGCCAAGGCUGGACGAUUCUCCCAGCAGGACAUCGAUGAAGCCAAGUUGUCAGUUUUCUCUGCUGUUGAUGCUCCUGUGGCCCCUUCGGACAAAGGGCUGGACCACUUCCUGUAUGGGCUUUCGGACGAGUUGAAGCAGGCACACCGGGAACAGCUCUUUGCUGUCUGCCACAAAGGUCUUCUCGACGUGAGCAACAAGUACCUUGGUGUUGGGAAGAGCACACAUGGACUGGCUAUCCUCGGACCAGAAAAUGCAAAGCUCGCCAAGGACCCCUCAUGGAUAAUAAGAUAACAAAUUCCAAGGACAGUUUAAUUUGUGAAGUCAGUAAAAUUACUGUGUUUUAAUUCCCCCCAAAUCGAUCAUAUGUAUAUAUCACCUCACUAAAGGUAUCACCCUAGCAAAUCAGACCAGAAUCCUGCAGUUUAAAUAAUCAUGCAUUACAUGGCAGAGGUGUACAAAUUAUAAUUUAAAAAACUUCUAAUGAUGUAAACACUAAUUUUAACUAACCCUAGAAUAUUUAUUUUAAAAAUAAAAAGCAACUCUAACCUACCCUGCUUUUGUCAUUUUAAAUGAUAUUUUCCUAAAGUAGUUCUUGGGACCUUUAAAAAUGAAAUGAAUAAACCAAGGUACCCCAACAUCUGCUUUAGUUUCUAAAAAAAAAUGAAACUGGUUAUAGGAAGGACUGUCAGAAAACUAAUAUAAAUAUGCUGAACAGCCUGACAGACCAGAGCAAAUUCAGUGCCUGUGAAUAAACAUCAGUUGAAGCUUUUCCUACCUGGUCUCUAUCAAGGAUAUUUUUUGGGAAGGGAGGGAACAUCUCAGUGCUUGCUCGAGACUUAGUUGUCAUCAUCUCCACAGAAUGCCCGUUUUCCCCAUUUCUGGUUUUUAAGCUGUUACCUUUCUCAUCUCAAACCACAGGCCUGAGGGGCUCCAAGAUCACCCCAACAGUGGGGCUGAUAAUGGAGGUGUUGGCAGCCUUGGAAUCCAGUGUUUGAACUUACCUUGUUCUUAAAGCACACGUGAGUUGUGUUUCUGACUUUACACCUGGUGUCCCUUGAGAAGCAGACAGGAGAGCUGGGUUUGGGUCACCUCUCCCAGAGCAAUGCAAUUUCAGGGGGCCUGUGUCCUAGUCUAGAGCUGUCUCCCUACCAAAUGAUGUCUGCUGUGUGCAAAA